AUGGCAACGUUAAUCCCACAUAUUACCUUCAGUUCUCCUUCAAUCUCAACACGGCACCCCUCGUUCAAGAAAACCCACAAAAAAAAUCGUCUCAGAAUCUCCAAAACGCCUCGAAAACCCAUCAAAUUUAAAGAAGCAUUGUUAUCACUCACCAGUAGUAUAAGCUCCAAUUAUAAUCAAAACCAGUGUCUAGACGAAGCUCUGUCAUUGGCGCUUGAUUUUUGUGCAAGCGAGAAGUUCCUAUGUCAAGGCAGACAAACACAUACCCAUAUAGUAAAAGGCAACCAUGUCUGUGAUUUAGUGUUCCUGAAUACAAAGCUCGUGCUUAUGUAUGGGAAAUGUGGAUGUUUAUCACAUGCUGAGAUGGUGUUCGAUGGAAUGUUUGAAAGAAGUAUUUUUACUUACAAUGCUAUGCUUGGUGCUUACGUGUCAAAUGGGGAACUUUUGAAAGCAAUAGAACUUUAUGCUGAAAUGGGAAACUUGGAUAUCCCUGUGGAUGCCCAUACUUUGAGUUGUGUAUUGAAGGCAUGUGGUGGUGUUAAAGACUUGUUUUUUGGGAGAGAAAUUCAUGCAUUGGCGAUAAAAUUUGGGUUCGUUUGUAAUGAUAUUUUAGUUAAUUCUUUAGUAAGUAUGUAUUCCAAGUGCCAUGAUCUUAAUGCAUCAGAAUUGUUAUUUCAUAGAGUGAGUAGUAGAGGAGAUGUUGUGCUUUGGAAUUUAAUGAUAACUGCAUAUUCAUUAAAUGGGAUGAGGAAAGAAGCUUUGAGGCUUUUGGUCGAAAUGUGGAAUCUUGGCGUUACCCCCAGUACUUACACUUUUGUGGCUGCCCUUCAGGCAUGCGAGGAUCCAAUUCUUGGGAGUUCAGGCAUGGAAAUCCAUGCUGUUGUUUUGAAGUCUGGUUUUUAUCACGAUAUCUAUGUUGCUAAUGCUUUGCUUAUCAUGUACACAAGAUGUGGGAAAUUGGACGAAGCUGAGAAAGUUUUUAUGCGUAUGGAUGAGGGGGAUUAUGUUUCCUGGAAUUCAAUGUUAUCCGGUUAUGUUCAAAAUGGCCUUCAUAAUGAAGCGCUGGAUUUGUUUACUGAGAUAUUCAGAAAUGGUCAGAAACCCGACCAAGUUUCAAUUAUAGGCGUUCUUUCUGCCUGUGGCAGGUCAGGAAAGCUGUUGAAUGGGAUGGAAGUUCAUGCUUUUGCUUUAAAAAAUAAGUUAGAUCUUGAACUGCUAGUUGGCAAUACCCUGAUAGACAUGAAAGUGCAGUCAGAAGGAAUGGAUGCUGACAGAGUGAUGAUUGAAAGCAUUCUUCUAGCGUGUCAUGGGUUAAAAUGUAUUUUGAAUGUGAAAGAGAUUCAUUGUUACAUGAUGAGAAGAGAAUUAUCUGAUCUUAUCCUACAGAACACUCUCUUGGAUGUGUAUGGCGAGUGUGGACAUGUAAAUUAUGCAUGCAAUAUCUUUGAUUUGAUUGAAGUAAAAAAUAUUGUAUCAUGGACAAGCAUGAUAUCUUGCUAUGUCCGUAAUGGACUAGCAUAUGAGGCUCUUGAACUUUCAUCCGACAUGGUAAAAUCAGGGGUUGAACUGGACUCUAUUGCACUGCUGAGUAUGCUCUCUGCUGCUGCUGAUUUAUCAGCACUGAGAAAAGGCAAAGAGAUUCAUGGCUAUUUGCUUAGGAAGUGUUUUGUUUUAGAGGGCCCCAUUGCCAGCUCACUCGUGGAUAUGUACGCCAGCUGUGGGACUGUUGACAACUCAUACAAGCAUCUUUCCCUUGGCCAAAAUAUGCCUGUUGCCAUGAAGUUGCAGAUGGUUCACUGUGAGCAACUUCUAACAACCUCUGUGUCAAAUAAGUUUGAGAAUCAGGGCCAACCAGAGGGUGACUGA